AUGGACUUUGAGGAGCCGCUGCCGCAAACGUCCGACUUCGAGAAAGAUCGGCUGCUGGACGUAGCCGAAUACGAUACGCUACGUACUCGAUUGGCUGCAGUUGAGAAUCAUGCGCGGCAGCUCCGGGCGGGUCUUGCGAUUCGUCGAGCGAUGGAAUCGUGUGCGUCGAAUCGGAUGUCAGAGAAGCGCAGUUUUCAUAACGAUGCCGGGUUCCCAUUGCGAUGUCGAGUCGAGACGGAGCAUCUACAUGACGAACGGAUACAUUUCAAGCCCGCCGCCAGAGCACCGGUAGAGCUACGAAUCGAAGCACAGAGGCUAUUUCCGACGAAUGUCUACGGAAAACGCUCCGUGUUAAGGAUUCCACUAGACCUUCGACUUGUGACGCUUUGGAAUCUUGGCACAAACGCUGGGUUGGAUGAGGAGCGGAAGAGACCCGCCGGGUUGACAAGUCCUCUGAAUUGUUCUUCCGUUCCGAUCCCGGGGCAGUUGGCCUAUCUGUUGUGUGGCCGACCAGAGACGUUGACGCCGGCGCUGCUACUCCGAUUCAUCGUCUCGACGCGCGUCCAUGUCACAGAUGAGCAAACCGAGGCCCAGCUAAUAAUCGCCGCUGACACACGGGAAAAGCAUUUAUGCCAGAUUAAUAUCGUGAAAGAGGCGAGACAUGGGCUCUACACGAUCCACAUCUACUGCGAAAAGGCAGCGUUUCGACAGCGACUACUCACUGACCUACAGGCGCUGAUUCUUGUCACAGCAUUUGGUUUCACGCACGGACCUUCUGCCGCGCUGCGCGCCGCCCCAGAUGCCGACGUCUUGACCGAGCGGUUCGACUACCUCAUACAAGAAUUUUCGACC